AUGGUGCCCACGCCCCAGGUGUGCGUAUCAACCCUGGUCACGGUGAGCACAAUGGCAGUGGUAGACCUCUAUCUGCUGGAGCAGAGCAUGCUGGGGGCUCGUGGUAUUCCAGGACCGAGUGUGUGGCAGUGCGCGGCAGUGUUGCUAGGCGAUGUGGGCUUCUUGCUUGCGCUGCGGUUUGUGUCAGCAGGCGUGGUGUCUGAGGCUCGCUCCCCACGCCGUGGUUUCGCCAACGCCCUUUGGUUCCUGUUCCUCUCCCUGCUCCAGCUCAAGCUCUUCUUCGUCUGCCACAACUACCGGCAGGAGCGCCGGCCGCCAGACCCCCUGGCCAGGAAGACCUUGACACUGCUGCUGUCCAUCUGCCUGCCCUCGCUCUUUCUCAUCCUGACAGGAGCUGAUCACAUGACCCCGCUAAGAAGGAAACAGGAGGUGCGAGGCCGGCUACUGUGGGUCGUGGUUGACCUGCUGGACGUGCUGGACCUGCAGGCGGGACUGUGGGAAGCCCAUGGUGGGGCUGGAACUGCAGGGGUCCCGGAGCAGGGGCUGCCCAUCUGGGCUGAGGGCUUGGUCUUCUUUUACUGCUAUGCCCUGCUGCUGCUGCUGCCAUGUGUGGCCCUCACAGAGCUCGGGGCCACCAGCUUGCCCGGGCAAAGGGGGCCCCGAAAGGAAGCUCUGUACCCUUGGCUCAGCUUGGUCACUAUCAACAUCUUCACACUGGCCCUGAGGGGCACAGGCAUGCUGUGGUAUAGGGACCCUCGUGUAUCCACUGUGUUUCUGGGGAAGAACCUGCUGGCUCUGGCCGUGAAGUUGAGCUCAGCCUGGGAGAGACACGUGCAGGACCGCGGGGGUGGGGGCGGGGGCACCGGCAAUGUGGCUGGGGCAGAACCAGGAGAAUCAACCCUGCCAAACCAGAGCUCGGAGCAGGGAGAGGACCAAGCCCAAGGCAAAGCGCCCUCUCAUUAUCACACACUGUCUCGCUCACAGAGCCACAGCCACACUCUCUCCCAUGUCAGCCUGGAACCCACAGAGACCUCCCUGGGACCCUCUUUCAUCUCCCAUGAACUCUAGAGACCCGCUCA